AUGGCUCUUCUUUUCGAAAAGCCCGUGCUUGCCGGCCCUCUGCUUCUCAUCACGCUCCCAGCAAUUACUCAAAGUCACGAACAUCCUUAUUCCACACUACUGGCCUACCGACCUUUUGCCCACCAACCAAGCUGGCCGAACCCCUCCCAGGGCGAGUGUGAGCUCCCAACCCCACAGCUGUCAUGUCCUGCACUGAUGCAGGUGUUGCUGAUGCCUGUCGACGGCAAAGAUCUCCUUGCCCAUGGUAAUGCUGCCAUAUCCGAUAUCAUCGGCAUCAAGCCUGAUGGGGUCGGGAUGAAUGUCGCAAAGGAAGCAGAGUAA